UUUUGCAAGCCGCCUCCACGUCUCGUCCAGCGCGCGGAUGUUCUUGCAGCCGCAACAUGUGAAGCUGCCAUUCGUGUUCUCUUCUCGGGCCUCAUUCCCGGCUGCCGCGGCUCGCGUGCGCGUCGGCCACGGAUCAGUCCUCAUAACUCACUUUCACCUGGUGGCAUCAUCACGCGCGCUCGAUCAUGUUUCGCGUGCUGGGACUUUGGGCUCGGGAUGGGGGAUGGUCCGGAGACAUGCAUCGUGGUGGAGAUCAGACCGACUUCGCGCCAUGCAAUUCAAAGGCGACAGCCGAGUGUCCGAAUACCAGGAGGAGGCGACACGAGCUGCGUUUCUAGAGAAGGCGAUGAAGGGGCGCCAGCCGGCGGAUCUCAUGCUUCGUUGCACUGUGUUUGAUGUUGAAGGCAAUGUCAAGACAAUCUCGGGCGAAUUCAAGCGGUCGGAUCUUUGUUCUGAACACAAAUUAAACCCACGGGACCUUCGGAAGAUUGAUUCUCGGGUACCGAACCUCGUCCCUACCAUCCUCGUCCGCAAGGAGGCCAUCCUCGUCAACGUGCUCCACAUUCGUGCCUUGGUCAAGGCGGACAGCGUGAUCCUAUUUGACACUUUUGGGUCUGCAGACUCCCGGCUGCACUCUGUAUUUUUGUACCACCUAGAACACAACCUCAAAACGAAGGGGUCAGGGUCACCUUACGAGUUCCGCGCUCUUGAAUCCAUCCUUCUCUCGGUUGUAAGUGCUCUAGAAGCGGAGAUGGUCUUCAUUCGCAAUCUCGUUGGGGGCCUGUUAGCCGAGUUGGAAGACAACAUCGAUCACGAUCGGUUCAAACGAUUGCUUCAUUAUUCGAGAAGGCUGGCGAGCUUCCAAAACCGCGUGAAACUGGUUGGCGAAGCGCUUGAGGACUUGUUGACCCAAGGCAAGUCAGUUUUUUUAGUUCUUGUUCCAACAUCAACUGUUCGGAUAGACGACGAUCUGGUUUCUAUGUAUCUCACCGACAAGAAGAAUGACGUAGCCAGGCAACUCAAUGAUCACGACGAUAUUGAAGUUCUGCUCGAGUCUUUCUCGAAACAGGUCGAAGAAAUCGUCAACGAAGCGGGGAACAUCGAGACCAACGUCCAAUCGACGCAAGAGAUUGUCGAACUCAUCCUAGAUUCGAAUCGCAACGCUCUUUUGGCUCUGGAUCUCCAGGUUUCAAUCAUCACGAUGGGCCUUGGGUCAGGUGCUCUCGUCGCUGGGCUUGUUGGAAUGAACAUGACAAAUCAUUUUGAAGCCCAUCCUUGGGCCUUCUAUGGCAUGAGUAGUUUCGCCACAGUAUUGGCGGUAGCCGUGGCUUCCUCUGGACUUCGCAGAUUGGCGAAAAUUCGCAGAGUCGGACUUUCCAAUCCUGAAGCCUACAAUGCACGAUCUGGGAAGCGCAAGCCAUGGCUGCCGCUCCCGUUGCGUCAGCGUUCGCAUGAUGGGUGGUCGUGAGGCACCCAGUUUUUUCUCCGCUCACUCUCCGAUGGGCUGGAAACCACAGCAUAUACUUCCUGUAAUGUAUAGAAUUGUAGCAAUUAUUCCAUUAAUCAUCUUUUAUCUUCUGUGAGUUGAUGCGAGGUGGUUUCCAUACUCUCGCUAGGACAACCUGCGUGCUUCCCAAUCUCAGUUCACAAACGCGCGGGAACGAGGUGAGCCGCAUGUUCGCAUGGUUGACUCGAUAGCAGACUGCUCAUCGGCAAUCCAUCCAUCCUGCGAUCAUCGAUCGCUCCUGUGUUCCAGGGACCAGUCGCCGUUAAGCUUUUGGCUGCUCAGCCCGCGUCGGCGGCGGCGAAAGACUGCGAUUCUCUCGAUUUGGACGCGGGGGGAAGGUUUCCAGCGGGCGGGUAAACCUUCGGUUCUUGUAUGUGCGGGCGGAGUGGGUGUCAAACCAUGUGCUCGGUCGCAGAGAGGCAGCAUGCAUGGGGGGCGGCAGCAGGGAUGCCGAGUUCCCCAUGACGGGAAUCAUGGACCCGCUCCCAUCUGGCAAUGCAAGAAAGGGAAUUCGACGGAACAGGCAAAAAUGGGAAGAAGAUCACAUUAUUAGCGUGUGUGCUCAGCCGAAAUAACGUCCAACCCAAUGCUAUGAUCGGUCUCGACUGGUGGCCAUCCUGAUGUUUUCAAGCCUGCGUCCCACCGUCCGCCGGCGAAGCUGCUGAGUAACUUGACAUCGCCUUUUAUCUCGUCUUCUUUUGCCCGUUCACAAGUCAUCGAAUACUCAUACAGCCGAAGCGAUGAGAGGUCGAAAACGGGUCUGCAAUGGGUGGUUUUGGGUCGCAAAGACGGACAGAGAAGGGGGAAACCAAAC